ACGCAGUUACCAUGGCAACCCGGAGGCGCCGGGCCGGGCGCGCGGGAAGGAGGCUGGAGCAGCGACCCUCUGGGUCCCCGAGGCCAUGGGCCGGAUCACCGGGCUCGUGCCCUCUCGGUUCCUGACGCUCUUGGCUCAUCUGGUGGUUGUCAUGACGCUCUUCUGGUCCCGGGAAAGCAACAUCCAGGCUUGCCUGCCUCUCAAGUUCACCCCCGAGGAAUACGAGAAGCAGGACGUCCAACUGGUGACCGCGCUCUGCCUCACCCUGGGCCUCUUUGCGGUGGAGCUGGCCGGCUUCCUCUCAGGAGUUUCCAUGUUCAACAGCACCCAGAACCUCCUCUCCAUUGCAGCCCACUGCAGCGCGUCUGUGGCCCUCUCUUUCUUCAUAUUCGAGCGAUGGGAAUGUACCACAUACUGGUACAUUUUUGCCUUCUGCAGCGCCUUCCCAGCUCUCACUGAAACAGCAUUAUUCAUCGCUGUCUUUGGGCUGAAAAAGAAACCUUUCUGAGCACGACCCGGACGUGGGAACCAAGGCUGGAAAAGUGAUGCUCUUCCUCCGGUUGGGGGAAGAAAGGCAUAGGCUUCAGUUUUCUCUCUCUCUACCCUUUGCCCCUCCCAACUAACUGCUUCUAAGCAGAGAAUGCCCGUGUUGGGAUGAGAUCUCUCAAACCUUGGGUUAUAAUUUUAUUUUUAGAGCCUUGUAAAUAAAAUACAUUUUAUAAUACUA